GUCUGCCUACGAUACGGUGACGAAGACGAAGGUCGCCAUCAAGAAGAUCUCGCCGUUCGAGCAUCAGACUUACUGUCAGAGGACGCUGCGAGAAAUCAAAAUUCUAACCAGAUUCAAGCACGAAAACAUUAUAGAUAUCCGAGAUAUCCUGAGGGCCGUCACCAUCGGUCAAAUGCGAGACGUUUACAUUGUCCAGUGUCUGAUGGAAACGGAUCUAUAUAAAUUACUUAAAACUCAGCGAUUAAGUAACGAUCACAUAUGCUAUUUCCUGUACCAAAUCCUCCGCGGAUUGAAGUACAUCCAUUCUGCGAACGUACUUCACAGGGAUCUGAAGCCCAGCAAUCUCCUGCUGAACACGACGUGCGAUCUCAAGAUUUGUGACUUCGGAUUGGCGCGGGUCGCGGAUCCAGAGCACGAUCACACCGGAUUCCUCACCGAAUACGUGGCGACGAGAUGGUACAGGGCUCCAGAAAUCAUGUUAAAUUCCAAAGGUUAUACAAAAUCAAUCGAUAUAUGGUCGGUGGGUUGCAUCCUCGCCGAAAUGUUAUCCAACAGGCCGAUAUUCCCGGGGAAGCAUUACCUCGAUCAGCUCAACCACAUCCUCGGCGUACUCGGGUCUCCGUCGCAGGAGGACCUGGAUUGCAUCAUUAACGAAAAAGCAAGAAGUUACCUCCAGUCGCUACCGUUCAAACCAAAAGUUCCGUGGUGCAAACUGUUCCCGAACGCCGAUUCCAAUGCGCUCGACCUUCUGGACAAAAUGUUAACUUUCAAUCCGCACCGGAGGAUCGGCGUCGAGGACGCUCUCGCUCAUCCGUACUUGGAGCAGUACUACGAUCCAGCAGACGAGCCCGUAGCUGAGACGCCGUUCCGCUUCAACACCGAACUCGACGAUCUCCCCAAGGAAGAGCUGAAGAGGUUGAUAUUCGAGGAAACACUCCUCUACAAGGACACCAUAGACCACAUCGCGACGUAGUCAAAUUAACCUUAAAAAAAAC